UAAUAAACAUAACAUCGUUCAGGGGGAUGACGAUGUGUCGCACUUUACUCGGUACGGACGUCGAUUCUGCCCAUUUGUUUCUAGGUGUCAACAACACGGCGCCGAAAACAUGAGUGUCUACACGUUUUUAGAGAUAGAUGUCAAUGCCCAGGUGGAGGAGCUUCGGGCUUACCUGAAGGAGGUGGGGGCAGAGAUUUCCAUGGAAAGGAGUCCGAAAGGUCUUGAAGAUGAUUUGCACAAAAUAAUUGGUGUCUGUGACACCUGCUUUUCUUCUGAGGCCACAGAAUCAGAAGUGGAAGCUCUUCUGAAUUCUAUUGUCUCAGUUUUGAUUGUUGUGCCAGUUGGAGAAAAGACUGAGAGCCUGAUUCUAGCUUUCUGUGAAAAGCUAGCCAAAGCCCCUCCAAACAGAUUAGGGAGCGUAUGCCUGAGAGUGCUUAAUUUGCUGUUCCAUGCCUUGCCGGAAAAUCUUGGUGUUCGUUACCAUGUCUAUUAUACCAUGGUACAAGUGUCGGGCCAGAUUAACCAGGUUCAAGCAGUUUACCAGUCUGUGGAAAAGAUGCGAACCACCUUGAAUACAGCGCAGCCUCCCCCUUCCACUGAGCAGAUGCAACAGUUACUUCGUUUAUUGCAUCAGACACUUCUGGCAAACAAACUCAGUGAAGAGGCAAGCAAAGUGAUGAUUGAGUUGCUUGGGACAUAUACCACAGAGAAUGCAUCUCAGGCGAGAGAAGAUGCCCACAGAUGUAUUAUAGCAUCAUUGGCAGAUCCUUCUACUUACAUUAUGGACCAUCUCCUUACUCUAAAGCCUGUCAAGUUCUUGGAAGGUGAACUGAUCCACGAUUUGUUGACCAUCUUUGUAUCUGAGAAACUUCCUGGUUACAUUCAUUUUUACACUAACCACAAGGAAUUUAUAUCAUCCAUAGGGCUUGAUCAUGAUGCUAAUGUAAGAAAAAUGAGGCUGCUGACUUUCAUACAGAUGGCAGAAACACAGUCAGAAAUGACAUUUGAACACAUCAUGCAAGAGUUACAGCUUCCAUCAGAAGAGGUUGAAGGAUUUGUCAUUGAAGCUCUGAAAACUAAGCUUAUCAGUGCUCGAAUGGACCAAAGCCAACGGAAAGUGUAUGUUUCUUCAAGAGUCCACCGCACUUUCGGCCGUAAUCAGUGGCAAGCUCUUCAUGAUACAUUAACUCAGUGGCGGACAAACCUUAAUCUGGUAAAGGAUUCAAUGCAGGCCAUUGUCAAUGCACCCAUGGCAGGUGCUAAAUGAUUGUAGGUUCAUCACUGGCACCAUGGGUCUAAAUACAAGGGGGAUAGUAUGGAUCCACUUGUUUGGUAUGGUUCUUCAUAAAUGUGUAAACACUCAUGUUAUGUAGAAUAUGGAGGUAAGGUCUUGAGUAUCCCCAACAUUUAAAAUCUGUUUUACAUGGAAUACAGAUCUUGAGGUAAUAA